UAGCCUGAAUGGUGUGGUCGUACAAGCUCUCUGCAAUCACUGACUCUGCCUCUGCAUGCAAAGUACCGGCAUGCCCUCACACACACACUUUCAAUUUAAUCAUCCAAAAUAAAAUCAUGAAUUAGGCCAAAUAAAUCAACGGUUGUGAGCACACGCGACCCCGAAUAGGAGACACAGGGAAAUAGACGAAGCGGGCGGUGCAAUGCAGCGCAAUCGCAAUGCAUGAGCAUGAGGCGAUAAAAUCAAACGCCUCGCCUCGAUUCUAACGGCGUGCUGCUGCCAAACCGCUCACUCCUCUACCAAUAUAUAUAUACACAACACUCAUGGAACAAUAAAACCACACUUGGCUUUGCUUUGCGGGUGUACUGUACUACCCCUACACCACACCACAACACGACACACGACACACGCUCUUAACUUGCACCUGCGCGUACUGGAAACGCAAGUUCUUCACUACCCCUUCGGUUGGGGCGUUACCCCAACCCAGCAUGGCAAUGGAGGCCACACUUUUCCUUCAAUGAGAAGAACGAGAGACAUGGACGCUGCUGCUGCUUCUGCUCCUGCUUCUGCUUCUGCUUCUGCUUCUGCCGCUGCUGCACAACCUCUUCCUCCUGACAAUGGCGUGGAAUCGUGUGAUGAAUUGUCUCGUGAACUAUGGCGUGCAUGUGCGGGAACACCAGUUUAUAUUCCUCGCGAUGGGGAGAAGGUUUACUACUUCCCUCAAGGUCACUUGGAGCAGGUUGCUGCAUAUACUCAGCAUCAGCAAGACGGCCAAAUGGAAAUUCCUGUGUUUGAUUUGCCUUCUAAGAUCUUAUGCAGGGUUAUGUAUGUUCACUUAAAGGCCGAACCUUUCACUGAUGAGGUUUUUGCUCAAAUUACAUUAGCUCCGAUGUGCAAGCAAGGUGACCUUCGUUUAGAGGAAGAGGGGAAUGAUGGCAGACCUAAAAUCUACUCCUUUAGCAAGACACUCACUCCAUCAGACACAAGCACACAUGGUGGAUUCUCCAUUCCGAAGAGACACGCUGAUGAAUGCUUCCGUCCUCUGGACAUGACUCAUCAAACACCAGCACAGGAAAUUGUUGCCAAGGACAUGCACGGGUUUGAGUGGCAUUUUCGUCACAUAUAUCGUGGUCAGCCGAAACGACACUUGCUUACUAGCGGUUGGAGCACAUUCGUGACAUCAAAGAGACUUGUUCCUGGAGAUUCAUGCGUUUUCGUUAGUGGGGAAAAUGGAGGACAUCGUGUUGGGAUUCGUCGGGCAGUGAAUCACAGCCAUGCACCCCCAUCUUCAACUCUGAUAUCGGGUCAUAGCAUGCAACUUGGAAUUUUGACUAAUGUUUCCCAUGCUAUUGCCACAGGAACAAUUUUCACUGUCUAUUACCACCCAUGGAUGAAUCCCUUUGAAUUUGUUGUUCCUCUGAAACACUAUUUGAACUCAACUGUGCCCAACUAUUCAAUUGGAACGAGAGUACAAAAGCAUUAUGAACUUGUUGAAGAGCCUUUCAGAAGAUAUGCUGGUACGAUAGUUGGUAGGGAGGAUAUCGAUAGCAUUAGGUGGCCUGGUUCUGAAUGGAGAUGUCUCAAGGUGCAAUGGGAUACCAUACUAGAUGCCUACAACCAUCCUGAAAGGGUUUGUCCUUGGUGGAUUGAGCCCUCGGGAUCUGCCAAGGAAACGCAUGUUCCUGUUCUCCCCUCCCCAAAAAGGGCACACAUACUUAACCAGCGCCCUUUGCCUGGAUUAAGUGGCUUUGCCAUGGAUGGUGCUGUUCAGAAUUCAGCCAAACCUGCAUCUCAGGCUCAGAGAGUGGGUAGGGACUUGCAAGGUCAAGAUUACAAUGGCAGAUGCUCUCCACAGCCUCUGCAAACACCACCAUCAACUGAUGGAAUGCGCCCAUCGAAGGUCUCAGCCAGUGGCUCUCGGUUUGGGAAAGAGAGUCAGAAUCAGCUUCCCUAUCUCAUCCAAGACCCUCUUCGUAAAUCUCUUGGGAGACCAAAGUCCUUUGCACAUGAAGACUUGUCAAGUUCAAGUUUAAGCUCCAUUGGUUCUGAAUCGCUGGGAUGGCCCUCUUCUGAAUCUAGAAAUGAAAAUGAAGUUCCUUUUGACAAACUUGGUGGUUGUAGUAAGUACAAGCUUUUUGGGGUUAGCUUAAUCGACCGUCCACCUGAGCUCCCUUCACGUCAAUUUGACGUUUUCAACAAAUUUUCAAGCCUCGUUACUAGUCCUCCAAUGUCUGUUGCCUCAGGAAAAACAUGCAACAAGUGUCGCUCUGUUAAUAAUCGAAGCUGCACAAAGGUGCUUAAGCUGGGAACUGCUCUUGGAAGAGCAGUUGACCUCACUCGUUUUCUUGGAUAUGAUGAACUCGUUGCUGAACUUGACUCGAUGUUUGAUUUCGGAGGAAGCUUGAUCAAUGGAAGGAGUGGAUGGCAUGUGACCUGCAUAGAUGAUGAUGGAGACAUGAUGCUCUUAGGGGAUUACCCAUGGCAGGAUUUCCUGGGUAUGGUGCAAAAGAUGAUCAUAUGCCCAAAGGAUGGUGUUAACAAUUUCAAUCCAAGCACCUCAGCAGAUCCUCCAACCCUUUAGGCAUCUGUCUGAUCUCUCUUUCUGCACCACUGCAUGCAUACACAGCUUGCAGGACUUGUGCAUCGUUAUCUAUUUUCUCCAUGCAACCGACGCCUUUGGUCUUUAUGCCAUACUGUGUCGUUUCUAGUUCCAAUACAUUUUUUUUCUUUCUAAACAAUCUCGGAGAUCCGCAAUAUCAUAAGUUUAUGUGGAUGCUGGCUUUAUAGGAAUAUAGCAAUCAUAGAGAAAAUUACAGGGUGAAAAAACAAACUGUUUUUGUUGUUUUAAGAACCUGUUCUUCAUGAUACUUAUGGAAAAUACUCAUGAGUCAUGACUCAUGAUUGUGAUAUAAUAUUGAUAAUAAUACAUGGCUAUUCGGUCUUUCUGA